ACAGAGAAAAGCCCAAAAGGCCAAAACCCAAGGCUAAGAAAGAAUUCACUACAAACCCUAAUCAGGCUGUCAGUAUACUUUGUUAGAUUCAGAUACAGAAGCAGAAUCAGAAUCAGGGUUUGAAAAAAAUGCAGAUCUUCGUGAAAACCCUAACAGGGAAGACCAUAACCCUAGAGGUCGAAUCCAGCGACACUAUCGACAAUGUUAAGGCCAAGAUCCAGGACAAGGAAGGUAUUCCACCGGACCAGCAGAGAUUGAUCUUCGCUGGAAAGCAGCUCGAAGAUGGCCGUACUCUUGCUGACUACAAUAUUCAGAAAGAAUCAACCUUGCAUCUGGUUCUGAGACUUCGUGGUGGCAUUAUCGAGCCUUCUUUGAUGGCAUUGGCUAGGAAAUACAACCAGGACAAGAUGAUCUGCCGCAAGUGUUAUGCUCGUCUGCACCCCCGUGCCGUGAACUGCAGGAAAAAGAAGUGUGGACACAGCAAUCAGUUGAGGCCAAAGAAGAAGAUCAAGUAGAUUACAUAUCUCGACGGAGGAAUUAUACUUUUAUUAUCAGAUUUCUGGUUGGAAACUAUUGUUCUAAUAACAGACAUCUUUAAUUUCGUUUAGCUUGAAACUCUCUUGUAGUUUAUGUUCUUCCAUUUGUACUUGAAUGCAAGUUCUUCGUUUUUGAAA